AUGAGGAUCAUGGUCGGCCUGCUUCGGAGCGAGGGCGGGACGCUCACGGUAUACGGCGAGUCCCCGUCUGCUGGACACGCGGCCCGGAUCGGUUACAUGCCGCAGCUAAGCGCUCUCUACCAGGAACUCUCUGUCAGGGAGAACGUCGACUUCUUCGCGCGGAUGUACGGGAUGUCAGACAGGCGACUUCGCAAUCGGUCUGUGGAAGAGGCCGUCGACCAAGUUGGCCUUCUGGAACGAAUCGCCGACCCAGUUCUCAACCUCAGCGGAGGUAUGCGCCAGCGGGUGAGUCUCGCCAUCGCCUUGGUACACCGGCCAGCACUGCUGCUUCUGGACGAACCCACCGUCGGACUCGAUCCGGACUUACGUGCCGUGUUUUGGGUUCGCUUCAGGCGCAUGGCGGAGUCCGGCACGACCAUCAUGAUCUCCAGCCACACUAUGGACGACGCGGCCCACUGCGACAGGCUGGCCUUCCUCAGAGACGGGAAAGUGAUUGCCCUCGAUACUCCCAUGGCGCUCCGCGCGGCUACUGGUCGCUCCGACGCAUCUCUCGAAGAUGCGUUCUUGUAUUUCCUUGGCAGGUCGGCAGACUGA